AUAAACAUCAAGCUGUCGUCGCCGUCACGUUCAUCUCGAUCUACACUUCUCAAACUCAAUUUGAAAGCAGAGCAGACGGCUUUUGAUUGUUGACAGAUUCUUCUUCAAACCACAAAAAACGCAGCAAAGAUUGAUUCUUCAAACGCAGCUAUGAAGGUCAUGAUGAAUGUAAAUGGAACAUCAUCCUCUCUUUAUCUCGCACUCUACACAGACGUCACCAAUUCUAAGGAACUAUUGGAAACUAUGCAAGCUGGGACAUUGGACCCAGAACUUGCAUUCCUCAAUGCUUCACUUAUUCCAGAUAUUUUCCCUCUUCUAGCAGCUGCACACAAGACACUUGUCCUCAAGUCACGGGACUCCUUGACCACACGAACUCUUCAUUCAGAGCUCGUUUACAACUACUCAGGGUCCAAACAUAUUACUGAAUCUUUAAAAAGAUGUGGUAUCUCUGAAACCACAACUUAUGUCCUUGCUGCUCGAUUUGAUGCUACUCCUGAUGAGAUAAAAGCCAUAGAGAAACUCGUCAUUGGAAAAGAGAUCGAUCUGGAGGAGCUGGAAGGGAGAGCUAACCAAGCCCAAAUACAAAAGCAUUACAAGAUAUCUGCCUCGGAACUUGGAAUAUCAUCACUUGCAGAUGCAAUAACUUGCCGUAUAGCUGCUCGUGAUGCCUUGUAAAAGAAUGACUGUGAUCUGCUUGUAUGCUUAGCUUCUAGCCUUAUUGUGGCAUUGUAACUUUUGGAAUCACUUCUGGUUCAUGAUGGUGGGAGCAGAAAGGGUUUGCUGCAUUUCUUGUGUAAAUGGAGUUUUAAUAAUUUGCAUAAAAUUUGAUUUUGUUUAUCUAUUGACAGUUUGACACCUUAAAAACAAUUAGGACUUUGAAUUUUAGAGGACUUGCAGUUCUCUAAUAAACUGUGACGGUAUAUUUUAACAAAACAACAAGGAGUAGUAGUUAGUAGUAUAGGAGUAUUGUAUAAGAGUACACUAAAAAAGAGUAUAUAAUACGUAUUCGUGAAAAUUCGCU